UUAUGAAUUAGCGAAUAACGUUCUUAAAGUGUCGGGUUACAUAUAACGUAAGUUCGGUUUGUAUUCGUAAGAAAAAACGGUUUAGUUUUAUAAUGUGUCCCGUUUAUUAAUUUUGCCUACAGAUUUCGUUCGCAGUGUUUCUGACCAUGUUUGCGUAUGUCCUGCUAUUUGAUCUUGCUACAAAUGUAUCGACAUUGGAAUACGUAUUGUUGGCAUGGGUGUUGACAGUUUUGGCAGAAGAAAUCCGGCAGAUGGCAUCCGACAUAUCGACGUACUUCAAGAACGCGUGGAAUGUUCUAGACGUUGUCACAAUCGUUGUGUUUAUCGUUGGGUUUGGCUUGCGAUUCAAGCAAUUUCCAGAGUCAUUUGAUGCACCCAAGGUCGUUCUUGCUGUCGAUUUUGUAGCAUUCGUCUUCAGACUUACCCAUGUAUUCUCAAUUCACAAAGUCCUUGGUCCGAAACUUCUUAUGAUCAGACGUAUGGUCAAAGAUCUGAUGUAUUUCCUGAUUAUUCUGGCAGUGUUUAUGGUAUCAUAUGCCAUUGCUUCACACUCUGUCCUUUACCCCGUAUCGCCACCAACGUGGGAUACAGUACGACAAGUUCUGAGGAGACCUUACUGGCAUCUGUAUGGAGAAUUGUUCCUAGAUGAAACGGAAGGACAGUCGACUUGCAGCGACAAUGCUACUAUCUGGACAGCGAAAGACAUGCCAAGAUGUCCAAGCGAAACUGGAAAGAUUGUGGUCCCUAUCAUGAUGGGAUUCUAUAUGCUGUUCGUCAAUAUCCUCCUUCUAAACCUUCUCAUUGCGAUUUUUAGCCACUCAAUUGCGAAAAUUCAAGUUCAAUCGGAGAAUCACUGGGUGUACCAGAGGUACUUUCUGAUAAAAGAAUACGUAUCAAGAAAUGUGUAUUACCCUCCUCUGAAUGUGAUUUGGAUGGUUAUCACGAUUAUUCGGUGUUGUGUAUAAAAACGAAAUGUAUUCAAAGACAACAGUCGUCAUUU